GCCUCCUUUACCUUCUAGGGGCAGGGCUCCGGUUCAAAGCCCUCCCCUUCCGCUUUUCCACAGAACGUUUCCCCGUCCGCUCAACGGAUAUAUUAUAUGAAACUGCCAAUAUCCACCCUGACCCUUCCAUCGACUCAUUACCAAUGAGCACUCUAGUUACCGAGGCUAAACAAGAAUUCCGGCUCCCCACAAUGGCGUCGGAAGACCCGGAGCGUGGCAUGGUUUUGGGUGGGGGACACCAGCAAGGCUCAAAUGCGACUGAGGGUUUCACGCAGAACUCUAAGGGCCAGUGGGUCGAAGGGUUUCUGGACCAGGCCGGUGAGGAGAACGAGAGACGCAAAGAGCUCGAACACCAACUAUACAACUGCUUAGACGACACCAGGAAUGAAGACAUCCGCUUGGUAAAGGCUCUAGGAACUGACGUCGAUGUCAAUGCCCCGUACGGUGAGUUCGGCCAAAGCUUCAUCCAUAUCGUGGUGAAGGAAGGGUUGGCCACCAAGCUACGGCUGCUUCUAGAGCAUCCACGCCUCGAGGUCGACCUCCAAGACAACCAAGGGUGGACUGCUCUGCACCUCGCAGCCAUCGGCGGCAGAGUCCCUUGUAUCGAGUUGCUACUCUACGCCGGGGCCAACACAGAGGUGGCAGACCGUCAAGGCCAUCUGGCGCGGCAUUACGCACAACACCACGACCAUGAACAACAACGUCGGGAUAUGACUCAUCUAUUUGACAACCCAAGACGUCCCGCUAGCCACAAGCUUGGGGGUUCCUUUGCGGUGUCAGCUACUGGUCUCCGCCGCAGCGCAACACAACCGCCUUCGAUGCCGUCAGCGGAAGGCAGGAUGAACCGGAACCUUGCGGAGUGCUUAGAAGGGAGUUUUUGGGAACCUGAGGGCGACCUGAAAUGGGAAAGGAAGAGCGUCUGGAACUUGAUUUACAGCGACCACGCAGAAGACGUUGAAAGACGACGGAAGAAGAAGAAGUGGUUCCAUUUACCAGCCGCCAGCCAAAUAUGGGCUCACGAUUUGGUAAAGAGCAUCUACCAUGACAGCGGGAAACCAGACCCCGAAGCACAGAGGGUGUGCAAGUUCAUCCACAAUGUUUUCAAGGAGGUGGACAUACAAGGACAGCCCAGGGAGUAUUACUUCAAGCGAGAGACACAAACCCGGCGGUACGUGGGUGAUAGGGAGGCAGUUGCGGUUGUGUUCCCCGUGAUCGACAUUGAUCGAAAAGAGUAUGUCGAACUGUCUAGGAAAAUCCAAAAGACCGAGACAGAGUCGAAAGUCUCUAGUGUGCCAAAACAAGACCUCUUGGAUCUCGAUGCCUCCAUGUGGCUUCCGACCCUGGAAAGGGACCACAUCACGAGGAUGCUGCAGCUAUGCAUGUACCACGAUCAAACAGUUCCCCGGACGUUGGACCAGUCUUAUCACGGAACCAGUGUCGACCCGGCAAGGCUCGAGGCCCUGGACCGUGACCAGGUCUUCACCAAAUACUUGACAAUGCUGAAGGAUGUUAAGUACAAGCAGGGCAGUCAAGGUACCAUUGCUGGAUUGGGACCAGAUGAAUUUGCUGUCGUUCCGUACUUCUGGCUUUUCAAACUCGACGAAGGUGUAUUAAACCAGCAGGACAUUCACUCGCGUGAUAUCGAUAUCCUGACGCUGUUUACCUAGAUACGAUCUUGACGCUGUACCCCGAGCGGUGGGACCAAACCAGCGAGGCCAAGUUGCACAUGCACCUGCCCAACGAAAUAUCCAACAGUAGUGACACCCAACGCUUGGAUAUCAACAUGAUUCACAUUGCAGAGCACCUAAUCCGGUCUUGUAUGGAUUUCGAGGCCUCUACCUUCUUC